UUCACUAUAAAGGAAACUCUAUAGUAAUUAUCAGGAUAAGAGCUAAAGGUAUCAAAUGGAAGACUUAAGCAAGUCAGACAUUUUGAAUGAAACCUUUCAGGAUCCCACCAUUCAAAGUGUAAGAAUGCAGAAUGUUGAGGGGCUUGUUCACGACAUUUAUGUGUGCUCGGAAAUGUUGCGAAGCAACACUUGUGUUCAACCCCCAUUCUUUUCUCCGAGCCCUCCUCACGGCUUGGCACCAACGCGUGUACAGCACGGCAGUAUUUCAGCCUCUGAUCUUCAACUUGGGUACUCAUCCAGUCCUCCUAUAAAUAAACAAAAUGAAUUCAUCGACGAUGAGGUGGGCUUGGUUCAUUUAAUGAAAGCUUCAGAUCGUUCAAACGAUGACUUCUCUUUCACCGAAAGCAACCAUGAAGCAGCGAGUUCUGACAACGGUACUUUCCGCCUGACCAGCUCAUUUAGUGGUAGCUGUGAUUUCAACAUACAUUUCUGCCCCUUUAAUGGCUUCAUGGUUAAGAUAUCGUAUAAUACUGGACAGUUGCUUGGGAAGGGCCCCCUCUCUUAUGUUUAUCGAGCCAACUUGCAGAUAUACAAAUAUCAACUGGAUGGCGAUCGUGAUAAAGUCAAUGACGAAGCUAGUCUGUCAACCUGGGAGUCUACUGCACCGGAGAAAAGCCUUUGCAUCGAGGUGGCGGCAAAGAAAACACUCGUGAGUACAGAGAUGUUAAUGGAUCCUGAGAUGGUAGCCGACUUAGUAUUUAUUCUGAAGAAGAGGCAUAGUAUGAACCACCCAGGACUCGUUAGGUGUUAUUUAGUUUUUUUUCUAUCGGAUGACCAUGUCAACGAGACGUCUCGGCAUUUAUCAUCGCAACUCCACCAGCAAGAAAAAAUACAGCUAAGGGCCCAUAAUCCUAAAUCUUUUUUUGUUUUAUCGCUUUUAGAAAUUAGUAGUGAUGGGACUCUUUCCAACAAACUGAAUAAAUGUGAGCAGAUUAGUGAAAUGGAAAUACGCAAUGUGCUUUUGGACAUUCUGCCAGGUGUUCGGUAUUUGCACGAGGAGGCUGGAGUAGUUCACAAUGAUAUCAAGCCACAUAACAUUCUACUCUUUUCCGCUGAGGCGGCAUCUGCGUCGCAGCAUGAGGCUCUGGAUUCAAAAAUCCACUACAAACUAGGGGACUUUGGGCAUUCCAAGUUGGCCCGUCCGAUUGACGAAGUGGUGAAAAGGUUGGACACUCUCCUGGAACAAACCCUAAGCAACUCCCACCGCAAGCGCACGUUGGCGGGGACCAUUUUGUACAUGUCGCCUGAAGGCUGUCUCGGGCUCGACGACAGCCCCUCUAAUGAUGUCUGGUCUAUUGGGAUAACUGUCUUCCAACUUGCCACAGGCCAUCUACCGUGGAGGCCGAUAGAACGCGCCAUCCCAGAGAUAGUUCAACAUGGCUUUUUGAAGAAGUUUUCACAAGGGUUUCUGUUUAAUUCAGGCUUUACAGGGAGCGAGGGCUCCGGUCACAGUACAGAGGCUUCGUUUGGGAGUAGUUUUGAUACGUUUGGACCGAUUUUAGAUGAAAUUGAGAACUCAGAGUUCUCACCAGAAUUCGUCGAUUUUGUAAAGUUGUGCUUGACGGAGGAUUUUAGAAAUCGUCCAACGUGUAGUUCUCUCCUCGAGCACCCUUUUUUGACUGGGGAGCAGCUUCAUAUGUGGUAA